CAUGGGGGGAAACACUCUCUCAUGAUGCCCCUGCUUUUCUUCUCAUGCCCCCCUGUGUGGACUAACAGUUUGGUGGUGAGACGACACGAAGCUCAGACGCCGUCCUCAAGAGCCAGCUCCUGUUGAUAUUCACAAGAAGAAGAAGGUAGUCCCACCGCUGCGCCAAGCCUGCUCAUGUCUGCACCAUCACCUGCUAUUUGGCCACUGAGUUGAAGGAAGACUUGUCUCACCAGGGGACAGAUAAGGAGCCUCUGCUUGAUCAGAAACAGCCUUCCAGACCGCUAUCCUACAGCAGUGACACCUUUUCACCUCUAGUGCACCCUCUUUCCGCCCUUUCUCUCCUCCUUCUCCAGUCUUUGUGUCUCAGGUGUGUGUUCGGCCUGUGAGCAGUGAUGGGGGACUGGAGUCUCCUGGGGAAUUUCCUAGAGGAGGUCCAGGAACACUCCACCUCAGUCGGAAAAGUCUGGCUCACCGUCCUCUUCAUCUUCCGCAUCCUGGUGCUGGGCACGGCAGCUGAGUCCUCCUGGGGCGAUGAGCAGAGCGAUUUCCUGUGUGACACUCAGCAGCCCGGUUGCACCAAUGUGUGUUAUGACAGUGCCUUCCCCAUUGCCCACAUCCGCUACUGGGUGCUGCAGAUUGUUUUUGUCUCCACACCAUCCCUCAUCUACAUGGGCCACGCCAUGCACACGGUGCGCAGGGAGGAGAAGCAGCGGAGGAGGGAGCAGGAGGAGAAGGAGGCGAGAGGGGAAGGCGGAGGAGACCUGGAGGGGGAGAAGGAGUACCUCCAGCAGAAGGAGGGCGGAAAAAUUAUGACAUCUGAUGGGACUGGACAUGUUCGCCUCAGAGGAGCACUGCUGCAGACUUACAUGCUGAGCAUCAUGAUCCGUACAGUGAUGGAGGUGACAUUUGUUGUGGUGCAGUACCUGAUCUAUGGGGUGUUCCUCAAGGCUUUGUACCUGUGCAAGGCCUGGCCCUGCCCCAACCCCGUCAAUUGCUACAUGUCCCGACCCACAGAGAAGAACGUCUUCAUUGUCUUCAUGCUGGUGGUGGCCGGUGUGUCUCUGCUGCUCUCCGUGUUGGAGCUCUACCACCUUGGAUGGAAGAGUGCAAGGAGGUGUGUACGCGAGAGGGCGUUACAGAGGAGCAACCAGAGAGCUGUGACAGUGGCCGUGUCCACAGCCUUGGAGCCCAACAGCCCACCCCGGCCCUCGGCCUCCUGCACCCCACCCCCUGACUUCAGCCAGUGCCUGGCAGCCCCGAGCUCCUUGAACGCCAUGACCUCUAUGGCCUCUCACCCCUUCAACAACAGGAUGGCGCUGCAGCAGAACUCAGUCAACUUGGCCACCGAGCGGCAUCAUAGCUGCGACAACAUGGAGGAUGGGGAAGACUUCCUGAGGAUGAGAUAUGACCAAGCCCCAACAGAGCUGACCAACAGCUGCUCCCCAUCGCCUCUGAUGCACUCCGGCUACAUGAAGGACAAACGCCGCCUGAGCAAGACCAGUGGGGGCAGCAGCCGGGCUCGCCAAGAUGACCUGGCAGUAUAGAUUCACAAGUGGUUGAUCAGGAGGAGAGGACGGGUUUGACCUUCAGAGCCAAAGAGAAGGGACAGAAAGAUCAGUUUAGGAAGACACAGACAAGAGGAGUCUGAGUGAAGGGGUCACGACGUGAGCACAGGCUACUUAUGCAAACUCUGACACUGAAGCCUGACACUUGACUAUAGAGGAUGGACGAGACUUUAGAGAGUGACACUGAGAUCCGUGAGUGGACUGUGUAAACUUGACAUGUGUGAACUCUGUGAGCAGAUAGUGUUUGUGAACCAAUCUGUCCCAGAGCUUAAAAAACUGACAACCAAACUGCAAAAGAAAAAUAAUUUUGAAUCGAGAACAGGGUAACUGUAUUGGUGUGAGAAUCCUUUCAUUAUAAUCCAUAAUAUGACACACAUCUCAACUAUACAAUUAAGAUUAGGUAACUUUAAUAGCCACAACCAACAGUUUCUUUCUCUUGCAGCAAAAAAUAAAAGAUACAUUAAGAGAAAACAAGGACUUUAAUAUGCAAUAAACUGUGAAGCUUAUACAAGCAGUAUAUAAAUUGGGUAUUUUUAUGCAGCAUAUUUUCAAUUAACAAGGUUAAGUGCCUUAAAAAGUGUAAAAAUAUAUCUAUUUCCAUAAAACAUGUUUUCUAUAUAUAUUUUUGCAAAUCCAUGACAAAGACUGUACAUUUAAAUUAAGCCAUAUGUUGACUUGCUAACCUGAUUGCACUUCAUCCACAGGCCAACAAACAGAUCACUUUAAAGUUAAAAAUAGUGUGAGUAAAACUCAUUCAUCAGUUAUACAUUUGACUGGAGCCUUGGUGUGCACAAGUGAUAAGAGAAUGUAGCCUGUUUUAGGAGUUUCCUUUCGAGAGGGAUCCAAGAAAGAAGAAAAAGAAGAGGUCCUGCUCGGACGCUGUUAAGAGAAGAUCCGACCACUGGGUGGCAACAUUGCACUUAAGUCCUUCAGCUGCUCUCCUGGAGCCGUUGUGUAAAUAGUGAAUUUGUCCCUAUGCAAUAUAUGUUUCCGUUGAUGUCUUUGAAUGUAUUUUAUUUCAUUUUCUAGUGUCUUGCUCUUAAAGUUUGCAGGAUAUUUGUACAGGCUGUGUACGACAGCAGUUUCUAAAUGAACACUGACUGCAACUUGAAGAUUAUUCCUACAUAUUUCCCACAGCAAACAUUCAGCUUGCUGUACAUUCACUGCAGUUUUUGGUUCUUUCACACAAACCUUUAUGCAAUAAAGAUCAUCACUAACCCAUCACAAACUAAUAAAUCAUCAGCUGUACAAUCUG